ACCAAAAUUCCUCUCUUUCUCUCUCAUGCUCAUAUUCCUCUGCCUCUCCUCUGUUUCUCACACCUCAUAAGUAUGUUGAAUCCCCUUUUGUCCUCGCUCCCCCCCCCUCUCUCUCUCUCUGUGUCCCCCCUUUUCUCUGCCUUCUCUCUCAUCUCAUGAACUCGAUAUAGCUUACACCAUCCCAUGAAAGUGAAAAGGGAAGAGGGGUAGUAGUGAAGAAGAAGAAGAGAUGGAGAAGAGCAGGUGUGGCUGCUGGGCUGUUCUGAGACGCACCUCGUCCGCUUCAAGAGACUCUGCUAACGCUAUUCCUCGUACCAGCACAGUUUACGAUGCAGGUGGCAGCACUAACAUGAUCGUUACCUCGUGUUUCUGCAGAAGUUCAAUCUUUAUUUCGUGCAGCAACAAAAUGGCAGCCGAGACGCGAUACCUCAAUGCGAGCAACCGCGAGAUGUAUCCUCCUAACGAAGCUCGCUUAUCCUCGGAUAUGCCCGAGCCACCAUUGGGGGAAAAUAAACCCAAGUGCCAGCUUCUCCAGUUCUCUUUUCAGGAGCUAAAAUCCGCGACCGGGAACUUCAGGCCGGAUAGUAUACUUGGGGAGGGAGGAUUUGGUUAUGUCUUCAAAGGGUGGAUUGAGGAGAACGGUACGGCCCCCGCGAAACCUGGUUCGGGAAUUACAGUUGCUGUGAAAAGCUUGAAGCCAGAUGGUCUCCAGGGGCACAGAGAAUGGAUGGCCGAAGUCGAAUUUUUGGGACAGCUUCACCAUCCCAAUCUUGUUAAGCUCGUUGGUUGCUGCAUUGAAGAUGAUCAGAGGUUGCUUGUCUAUGAGUUUAUGACCAGGGGAAGCCUUGAAAAUCAUCUUUUCAGGAGAGCCGUGCCUCUUCCAUGGUCCAACAGGAUAAAGAUCGCCCUCGGUGCGGCAAAAGGAUUGGCCUUCCUGCACGGGAACCGGAAACCGGUCAUUUACAGAGAUUUUAAGACUUCAAAUAUUUUGCUUGAUUCGGAGUACAAUGCAAAGCUUUCGGAUUUCGGUUUGGCGAAAGCCGGGCCACAGGGAGACAAAACUCAUGUUUCUACUAGAGUUGUGGGGACAUAUGGCUAUGCUGCUCCCGAAUAUGUAAUGACAGGUCAUUUGACAUCGAAAAGUGACGUCUAUAGCUUCGGCGUUGUGCUUCUCGAGAUCCUAACGGGUAGAAGAUCAAUGGACAAGAAACGUCCCAGUGCAGAACAAAACCUCGUAACGUGGGCCCGACCCCAUUUGCUGGACAAGAGGAAGCUUUACCAGCUGGUUGAUCCACGCCUCGAACUGAACUACUCGAUCAAAGGAGUCCAGAAGGUGUCUCAAUUAGCCUACAAUUGCCUCAGCAGGGAUGCCAAGUGCCGCCCCAUGAUGGACGAAGUCGUCAAGGUGCUCACUCCAUUACAAGACCUCAACGACCUCGCAAUCUUGUCUUGCCACUCACGGUUGUAUCAACAAGGAAGGCGCAAAAAAAAGCCUGACCCAGCUCAGCAGCGGAGUUAUGCCCAGACCAAAAGCAUUAGAGAUUCUCCCCUGAACACUGGCAAGCAGAACUCGAAGUGACGGGUCAGUUGUUCCCUCUCUUCUGAUCGAUUCAAGUACUAUUGUAAGUUUGGUUCUUGUACUAGAAUGUUUGGUUCUGAUUAGUGCCAGAUUGAGAAAGAAAAAGGAAGACGGGAAAGUGCUUUCUGAGUCUUCAUCCAUGAUCUCUCAUGCUUAGAGAAACUAACCUUCGGAUUUCCCCACGAGUUGGCUGUAUUGUAGUUGAGUUUUACAUCUAUAAUUAGAUGAACGAUCCUCUGUUGUUCUCCACGGUUGUUUAUGUGCAUCUAGCAACGUGAUGUCGAUGUCCUUCGGCCCGGAAAGCGCAAAAAGAAAACAUUGACGUCA